CAAGUUAUAAGGCAUCCUUGGAAGCACAGUUUUAGCAAACUUUUAGGAUAAGUAAACAAAACCUGACAGACUCUUCUGCAGUCACUGGAAGCAAUGAAGAACUCUUUAUUUUGUGUAGCUUUUAUCAUGUCGCUCUCUGGAUUUUCAAGGACAUUGCCUAUAUCUUUACUUAAAGAAAACUCAAAGCCUGCUUCAACAAGUGACCUCAGGCUGGCAACAGACUAUCUUCAACAAUUCUACAACCUGAAAGUGACAAUGACAAAUCGCACCAAGAGAAGUACUGACUUACUCAGUGAAACAAUCAAGGAAAUGCAACAUUUUUUUCACCUUAACAUCACUGGAACGUUAGACACAGAGACUGUAGAAGUAAUGAAGACUCCACGGUGUGGAGUCCCUGACGUGCAUAAUUACAGUCCCAAUGGAGAACAACCCAAGUGGUAUAAAAAUGUGCUAACGUACAGUAUUUCACAAUAUACAUAUGAUAUGCCACCUGCAGUAGUUGAUUCUGUCAUUGACUCUGCCUUGAAGGUUUGGAGCACAGCUAGUCCACUAUCGUUUGUCAGAACAUAUUCCUCAAAUGCAGAUAUUAUUGUGCAAUUUGCAUCUUAUGCACAUGGAGACUCUUUUCCAUUUGAUGGCCCAAAAGGCACACUGGCUCAUGCAUUUGGGCCUGGAAAUGGUAUUGGAGGAGAUACUCACUUUGAUGAUGAUGAAUUAUGGACAACAGGAAUGGAAGGGUUCAAUUUAUAUCUAGUAGCCGCACAUGAGUUUGGCCAUGCUUUAGGAUUGUCUCAUUCCAGAAAUCCUAGUUCUCUUAUGUACCCAACCUAUAAGAAACGUAACACAGGAGGUAAUCUGCUUUCGGGUGAAGAUAUUGCACAAAUACAGACUUUGUAUGGACCAAGAUCUGGUUUGCAGUAUUUCUAUCCGAAAUACAAUAUGAGAAGAUUAUUUUUUCCUUGGAGUCUACAAUCCAUUAUUCCACUUAAUAUGCAAGAUAAAUGUGACCUUAAUCUAUCAUUUGAUGCAGUUACUGAUAUAGGACAGGAUAUUUUAUUUGUAAAGAAUAGGUAUCUGUGGAUCAGACAUGAGCAGGGCCCAGAAAUAAAAGAAGGACGGAUUACAGACUUCAUACCUGAAAUUAAUUCAGAUAUCGAUGCUGCUUACACCUCAGGAGGACUUAUAUAUCUUUUUAAACGUUCCAGAUACUGGACUGUUAAAAAAUCUCACAUUAAAGGUCGAUCAAAAUCAAUCUAUAUGCUUGGAUUUCCAUAUUCAGUAAAAAAAAUUGAUGCUGCUGUUAACAUUAAGUCCACUGGCAACACUUUAUUCUUUGUCAACAAAAUGUAUUGGAGUUACAAUGAAACAGCAAAAUCCAUGGAAAUGUUCUACCCAAGAUAUAUAACUGACGAUUUUCCUGGAUUAAAUACUACAAUUGAUGCAGCCUUUGAAAAAAAUGGCUUCCUUCACUUCUUCGUCGGGUCUGCAGUUCACAAGUACAACUACAAUGAAAAAAGUAUUGUUGAAACUAAAAAGGCAAACAGCUGGCUUGGUUGCUAGAUUAUUUGUUAAAAUGUGAUGCUAUGUUUAUACGUUGUACAACAAUUUAAGUUCUCUUGUUUAAAUUAAAAGCUAUAUAGCCAUAUUGUCAUUGGGAA